AUGUCCAUGAUGGAGCCACAGUCGUCGGGCUCAAGCUCGAAAUCCAAGUCGUCCAGCCCGGAUCCGUCCGCCGGAGUCAUGGCCCCGCUGACGACCGGGUCUCGGGGGAAGAAGAAUAGGAUCGUGGCGAAGGGGACAUGGAGAAUCCAGAACAUUCUCGUCGAACCAGGGUACGACUCUGUCUUCUUCACAGACCCGGAAGAGAGAGGCUACUUCGACUUUUGGCGCAUCCUCGUCGGCAACAUCUACCUCUUCCCCAACGAUGUCAUGUCCCGCAUCCUCCCGCAGCUUGCCCGACAUGAGCCCGCCAUCAAACAUGCAGCCCUCGCGAUGGCCGCGAUGGCCCGCGCUCUGGUACCGAACCUCAAGCGUCGAACUCGAAGGGAGCUACAUAGCAAUGGGCCGCACUAUGAGUUCGCGUUAAAGCAUUACGGCCGUGCCAUCAAACUUGUACGCACGUCCACGCCGUCGACUGAUAAUAUGCUCUGGGCUAUCGUCUGCUGCGUCCUGUUUGUCACCUUCGAGUGCCUCCACGGUGACCGCAAUGCGGCGUUGCAGCAUGUUAUGCACGCAUAUAAGAUGAUGGAGCACUACUUCAUUCAGCGGUCCAUGGUCGAGGAUGCUCGGGAAACAGACUCCAUCCGCUCUGUUUGUGACGAUGCUGCGUGGAUCUUCCAAGGCAUGACGAUGCAGUCUUGGUCGCACAACGUGCUUCACUCGAAGAACUCAAGCGACAUAAGCUGGUGCUGCCGUGGUAGCACUCGGCCCUUUGCAGUUGAGGAGAUGCCUUCGACGUUCGCUGACCUACACAUCGCACGAAGAUGGUGGAGAGUGGUUCAGCACUACAUCUGCCACCGCUGUCCGAUCUAUACCGACAUGUAUGCGGACGACAUGCCGCAAGAGGUCAUUGCUGGCGGGUACAUACGAAAUACAUAUGAACUCAAGGAUGCUGAGGAUCUAAGGAGAGUCCUUCCUCAGUUUCUUGCCCAUCUUCAACGCUGGCAUGACAGCUUUCAGGGGAUCUAUGACCAUGCCAGGAUUGGACAAGAUCGCGACUUCAGCUCAUACGUCGACGCAUGCAAUCUGCGUGUACAGUAUCUUCUUUUAUGGAGCGAUGUCGUGAGCAUCAGUUACAGAGAUGUCAAGACAGUCAAAAGUCUUACACCAGCAUUCCGCGAGAUUGUGGACUUGUCACGGAUUGUCAUUCAAACACAGUCUAACUGCGGUGGCUGUUCUGAGGUGUUCAGCAUGGACAACGGACCUACCAUGCCACUGCUGGUUGUCGCAUGUAGAUGCCGCGACGCCGAAGUGAGAGAAGAAGCAACGGAGCUGUUAGGGAAACAUCCCAGGCGUGAUGGCUUGUGGGAUAGCAGGACGUUUCACACAAUUGCUAUGAGAAAUAAGGCCAUUGAGUCUGACAACAUCGCCUUUGAGGAUGAUGAAUUUGAGGAGUGGUCUCGACUUUCACGGAGGGAAGUUCACUUCGAUGCCAACGGGGACGUCCAGGCAAAAAUUGUCAAAUGGCAUCCCGAAGUCGGGGAGUGGCGUGUUGUGGAGGAGCAACUCGCUGAGCCAUCUCAUAAGGUGCCUCCAGACUACAGAGAGCUUCCACGAAGGCAGCAGUCGAUCAAGAUUGCCCCAAGACUUUGUUAG